AUGGUUGAAGAAUCAUAUAAUAAUAGUGACACUGAAUUAAAACAAGGCUUAAACCAAAAAAAAGUUAAACUAAAUGAAACCUUAGAAAUAGUAGAUGGAAAGAAAUGUAAAAGAACUUAUAGGAUUGGUACAUCUACUGGUAAUUGUGCUGUUCAUCUUGCAAAUAAUCAUGGAAUAACGGAACAAGUUAAGCAAGAAGUUAAUACUAAUUCUGAAUCCUCAAGAACACCUAUACCUACUGAAAAAACUGCAAAAUACUUGAGACAUGUUAUUGCUGAUGUAUCUACCCCUAAUUUGGCUGAGAAAGUCGAUCAGGAUUCUAAAAAGGAUUCUCAACAGCUAUCUAAAAUAAUGUUAACAAAUGAUGAAUUGGACUUACCUCGUGAUUUGAUACCAAUUUUAGGACCUUUUGAGAAAAAACCAGAUAUCUUGGAGCCCGAAUCUGAAUCAAAAUCAAGAUAA